UUUUUCGUAGUCGGAUAGCUUGCUGCUACCUAAGAUGGAGACUGGAAUAGCCACUCAUACUAGCUAGCUGAUAUUAGUGGUAGCAUACCUUCGAAAUGCCGGCUACGAACACCUCGAUAUUUUUUGUAUUGUGUAAUAAAAUGCGUUUUGUUCGUUAUCUGACUACAACGUGGGGAAUUUGUGACGGUUAAUUCGUCUAACGAACUGGCUGGCUAGUUCAUUCGUGUGUUUUGUUAGCUAAAGCGCUAGUUAGCCACAAGCGAUCAAUGGGUUGUCGAAACAAUGCAGUUCCAGAGACAAUGGAUAGCUUGUAUCUCGUCAGCAAAGUUUUUAGGCCGAUUAAGAAACUUUCUGGCUUGCUACAUAUAUUUUGACUUGAUUUUGCUUGAUGAAUUGGUGAGAUUAGUCAUAGAAAUCGUACCGCAGGCUCUUUGGGUUGAUUGUUGAUUUGUUAGCGUUUAUCUUCGUCAAAUGCUAGGCUAAAGCUAGCAUGAAGCUUUGUAGGCGACAGUCUUGCCGACUCGGCGUCGUUGUCUGUAUUGUUGGGUAACCCAUGGCAAUUUGGCCCAAGUAGUCUGGUAGUUAUUUGUCAUACCUCUCGGGUACGAAGUUGCUGGACAAAUUGCUACCGGCAACGCAAUCCCCAGUGAUUCUGACGAAGCACCAACGGAGAAGUUGGAACUGAAGGAAAAGACAUCUGGUGGUAACAAGAAGUCGAACAGGUUUCAGCCCUACUCCAAAGACAAGCAUGCUGCCGACAAGAAGAGCAACCACAGAAACCGAGUGUUUAUCAGCAAUAUCCCAUAUGAUAUGAAGUGGCAGGCCAUCAAAGAUCUUAUGAGAGAGAAAGUCGGUGAGGUUACAUACGUGGAGCUCUUUAAGGAUGCUGAAGGAAAGUCCAGGGGCUGUGGUGUGGUGGAGUUCAAAGAUGAGGAAUUUGUGAAGAAAGCCAUGGAGGUGAUGAACAAGCAUGAUCUGAAUGGCCGGCCACUAAACAUCAAGGAGGACCCCGAUGGUGAGCAUGCUCGGAGGAUCCUGCAGCGCUCAGGGGGAAUGUUCCCGGGAGGCCGGGGCCAGGAUGGUGGUCCAGGUGUGAUGAGCCUGCCUCCUUCCAUCGCCAACAAUCCCAACAUCCCUCCUGAGAUCAUCAGCUCUCUGCAGGCUGGGCGGCUCGGCACCACCGUGUUCGUGGCCAAUCUGGAUUUUAAAGUGGGCUGGAGGAAGCUGAAGGAGGUGUUCUCCAUGGCCGGGACGGUCAAACGGGCCGAUAUCAAAGCGGACAAAGACGGAAAGAGCCGAGGGAUGGGCACGGUCACCUUCGAUCAGGCCCUGGAGGCUGUGCAGGCCAUCUCUAUGUUCAACGGACAGAUGCUCUUUGACCGACCCAUGCAUGUUAAGAUGGAUGACAAGUCCAUUCCCCCGGAUGAUUUCCGACCGGUCGAGAAAGCGCCUCAGUUGCCAAGGGGUCUCGGUGGAAUUGGAAUGGGGCUGGGGCCAGGAGGGCAGCCAAUCAAUGCAAACCGAAUGAGUGGGGGUGGAGCCAUGGGCAACAUGGGCCCUGGAGGUAUGGAUGGGCCUGGAUUUGGAGGAAUGGGGCGAAUGGGAGGAAUGGGCGGCGGCGGUGGUUAUGGUGGCAUGGAUGGCAUGGGCAACAUGGGAGGAUUUGGUGGCAGAGACAUGGCCCCCAUGGGCAGGAUGGGAGGCAUGGAUGACUUCAGAGGAAACCCCGGAGCUGGAAUGGGCGGAAUGGGUCUGGGCGCAGGCAUGGGUGGCAAUGUGGGAGAUAUGUAUCGCUCAGGAAUGGCUGACUUUGGGAGAAAUGACAUGACUAUGGGCCGUGGAUUUGGGGACUCUUUUGGAGGAAUGGGUGGAAUGGGCGGAUUUGGAGGCAUGGGUAAUGCUGGCAUGGGCCCCAAAGGAUCUGGAUUAGGUGGUGGAAUGGGAAACAUGGGCAUGAGCUCUGGCUUUGACCGGAUGGGCGGGGCCAUGGAUAUGAACCGUGGGUUCGGGGGUUUCGGCGGCACCCCUGGGCCCAUGGGGGGCGGGAUGUCAGACAGAGGAUCAGCGGUGAAGGGGGGCUGCCAGAUCUUUGUGAGAAAUCUCUCUUAUGACCUCACAUGGCAGAAACUGAAGGAAAAGUUCAGCCACUGUGGUCAGGUGAUGUUUGCGGAAAUCAAAAUGGAGAACGGGAAGUCCAAGGGCUGUGGCACGGUGCGCUUCGACUCCCCGGAGAGCGCCGAGCAGGCCUGCCGUCUAAUGAACGGCACCAAGAUCAACGGGAGAGAGGUGGACGUCCGCAUCGACCGCAACGCAUGAAUGUUGCCGCGGUGAUGUCGCACCCCCCAGGCCCUGCUUAGUUUUGUUUUAAAAAACAGUUCACACCCCACAGAGUCCUCAGUCAAGGCAGAAAUGAUGUCACCAGUCUCUGUGUCACUGGAUUAUAGUUUGUAUACCGUGACUUUUGUUUUUUGUAAACCAUUUUUAGUGUGUCACCAGUUUAUUUGAAUAAAUAAGCUUUUUAAUUUUUUUAAACUGGAUCCUUGAUUUAUUUUCCUGUAAGGCCCAAGGUUGUGUUAAGUUUAUUUUUCUUUAGUCUUUCUUUGAUUGGCUUUCUACAGGCUGGUGCAACAGUGCCAUUUGUGUUGGUAAAAUGAGUGUGUACUACUGUAACUGUGAACUGAAUGACUCGUGACGAGCGAAAAUUGUGAUUAUUUGGAUGUUGGCUAUAUUGAUCACACUGGGAUCAAUUUGUACAGUUAUGAAAGAUUUGAUAACCGCCUGCCAAUAUCUCGUUUAUAAAGUGAAAGCACAAAUGGC